GGCAGUGUCAACAUACGGGAUCCUAAAUCAAACUGCCCUAACUAACCAUAGUCUCUCCGAAAGCUGUUCUGCGCCGCCAGCGGAGUGAACUAGAAAACGUAAGAAAGCGGUUCGGAAAUUGGAAGAGGAAGAUGGCGACGGCGCCGGGAAACCAAAUGCUGGAGGGAGGAGGAGCGCCGCCGCCUCCUGGGACUGAUAUGACCGGAAUAUGCUUCCGAGACCAGCUCUGGCUCAACAGCUUCCCUCUUGAUCGCAACCUUGUCUUCGAUUACUUCGCCCUUUCCCCUUUCUAUGAUUGGACUUGCAACAACGAGCAACUCCGUAUGCGAUCCGUUCACCCCCUCGACCUCUCUCAACUUUCGAAAAUGACGGGGACGGAGUAUAUGCUCAGCGAAGUUAUGGAGCCGCACCUGUUUGUUAUUCGCAAGCAGAAGAGAGAUAGCCCCGACAAAGUUACGCCUAUGCUCGCCUACUACGUCCUCGAUGGUUCCAUAUACCAGGCUCCGCAACUCUGCAAUGUUUUUGCUGCCAGAAUUGGAAGGGCCCUUUAUUACAUACAAAAGGCAUUUACUACAGCUGCCUCCAAGUUGGAGAAGAUUGGAUAUGCUGGGUCAGUGGAUUCUGAAAAUGAGACUGCAUUGGUGGAGUCAAAGACUGCUAAGGAGACGAUUGACAUAAAGGAAGUUAAGCGUGUAGAUCAUAUUCUUGCAUCCUUGCAACGCAAGUUACCACCAGCUCCGCCUCCACCACCCUUUCCAGAAGGGUAUGUACCACCUCCUACAGCUGAAGCUGAGAAAGGCACCGAAACUCAGGAAGCAGCAGAAACACAAGCUGCUACUGCUGAUCCCAUAAUUGAUCAAGGACCAGCAAAAAGAAUGAAAUUUUAAUAUUAAAGACAUACUGCAAUGGCUGUUGAUAUUUAUACAGGUGAAGGAAAUUUAUAUUGUUCCCAACAUGCAGCCUUGCUGGAACAGUGAUUAACUUGAUGCUAUUAUUCUCUGGUCUCUACAGGCGAUGCUCUUUUCCUGUCUUCGCCUUAAAUGUAGAUAUAUGAUCACUGAAAUAGGAUCACACCCUUGUAUUUUCAUUCUAGACAAUUUACUGAGCAAUAGCAAAUGUAAACGAUUGGACAUUUUCUAUUUAUUGCACAUCCUAGUUUUACCUGAACAAUAUUGCGUCCCUUGGAUUGAAUUGUCUUAGAUUCUCGAUUAUGUAGAAACUUAGUGAGCUGUGGAAUUGCUCAAUA